AUAUAUUUCAAUCAGAUUAUCUAACCUUGUUGCUUGCUUUGGCGAUAUAAUUUCAGAAGCACGCAUGGCCAACAACUCCAGCGAAAGUCCCCCCAGCGGAAGUCCGAGGGCGGCGUUAUAUUCUCCCCUAAACUCCGAACAGCACCAAGUCAGGUUCAUCGAGAUUCUAUCUUCUGAUAACGAUCAACAACCUGUAAGCUGCCUGCUCAAACCCGCGGAAUUAUCAGAAGAUAUUCGUUAUGCCGCUUUGUCCUACGUUUGGGGCGACCCUAAAAAUACCGAGGAUAUUAUCAUUAACGGGAUCACCUUUCCGGCGACGACUAACCUGGCGUCUGCACUGUGGCAUUUCAGAAAGAAUAAAUUCCCGAAACAUGAUGGAGCCAGCGAUAUAAAACUGCUCUGGGUAGAUGCAAUCUGCAUCAAUCAAGAUGACAUCCCAGAGCGUAAUCACCAAUUAACCUUGAUGGGGUCUAUCUACCGCAAAGCAACAUCUGUUCUCUCAUGGCUUGGGCCUCCAAAGGAUAUCGAUCAUGCACUGCCAGUAAUACAUGAGUUUACAAAUAUAAUGGAUAGUGCAUGGGGUUGUUCAGCAUCACAUGAGGAUAUGGUACAGAUAGGGUUUGAAUGGCUGAUAACUUCUCCGAAACUUCAUAUCUCGGAUUCUGAUAUGACAUUGAAUUGGCGACCUGUUUUCCAACUAGGGCUCUGUGGUUAUUGGAAGAGGAUGUGGAUUAUCCAAGAAAUGGCAUUGGCAAGGUCAUCAGAAGAUCUGUGGCUCAUCUGCGGUUCUAAUUACGUUACCUACAAGGAAGUUAAAGCAUUCUUUUCCCUUUUCCUUUCGGUUUCCGGGAGACUUAUACCAGAAACCACUAGGUACGGGUCGCCGAAAACGACAGAACAAAUUUGGAACACGGUGACACGUCCAUCAUCGAUUGAUUGGAUGCCAACAAAGAUGUUGUCUUUUAUAGAACGUCUACAGACAGACAUGCCAAAUCACUCUGCAAUAUCGCGUGAUGGGUUUUGGAAACAUGUUAUCUCAGCGUCAGUUCUCGCCUCCGCUACCGAUCCUCGAGAUAUGGUUUACGCUGUGCUCGGCUUGGUUCACAACAGUAUCAUACCGGAUUAUAGCAAAUCCACCAGGCAAGUUUAUCUUGACGCCAUAUUGAAUGACGGAAUUAAGGAAACUGUGGGAAUCUCUCUACAAUUUUCUGGACGUGGCUACAAAAUUGAGAACGAUGAUGAAUUUCCUUCGUGGCUGCCAAAUCUCCCCAAGAUCAGGAAUAAUUACGAUGUUUAUUUCCGAGACUUCCGCGUAGACAAUAGUCUAUUACUUAAGGAUAUCAGCCUUCGAGAGCCAAUGUUGGCUCAGCGAAACAUUCUUAACAUUCAAGGGGCUGUCUGCGGCAGCGUGGCAUACGUAUGGCCCAUCAUAGAUCGCUCGAAUAUAGCAACUGAUAAUGCGGAUUUAUUGGCAGAAGAGUUGUACGCCGAUAUAUGUCAAAUCUGUAUCGAUUACCUUUUACUUGGCCUCGAGAAUUCUAUCUGGACCUUUGGCGAUAUCACAAGCUCAAGCAACAAACCAUUACAGGCUGUACUUGAUGUUUUUGAUUGGAAACUUGAGAAGUCGAUACAAGGAACUACAAAUGACUUUAUGGAAAGUUGGAAGCGACAACCUCAUUCUGGCUUGAAUGUAUCUCCUAGCAUGUGGAUAUUCAUUCUGAUUCUCUCAAAACUUGACGACUUACCGGAAGAAAAACAAAAAGAGACAGCAAGACGACUCGGGAUUCCUUUCGAUCCCAAGCGCCCCAGACUUUCUGCGUUUGUGAUAUCAAGGUAUCUCCUCGAUGUUCAAAACACCGGCUAUGAUAAUACGACACGCUCGACCUAUACUUUUACUCCAGAUUAUAAUAAAUCCAGAUACCUACUUUGGUACUGUCUUCGAGGAGGCAGGACGACAAUAUUCCUGACCGACAAAGGUCAUCUAGGUAUAGGACCCGAAGACCUACAAACCGGAGAUCUUGUUUGUGCCAUUGAUCAAUGCCCACUCCCGGUUUUACUGAGGAAGGGGGAGAAAGCAGAGAACAGAGACUCAUUCUUAACUCAUAUGGGAUGCUGUUAUAUUCGAGGCUUGUCAGAUGGAGAGCCGGCUGAGAUGGUUAAGAAAGGAGAGCUGGAGAUCGAGACGUUCGAAAUAUGUUGAGAGUUUAUGCUUGAACCUUUCAGGGUACGAACCUACAUAUUCUAUUCCAAGCAGGUGGAAAGCAAGAUUUUUCUUUUUUUACCAAUAUUGAACAUCAGUCAACGAAUAAGAAGUGCUACCCCUAUUCAGAUAC